AUGAAGACUUUUAUUAUAUCAGGACUGCUGCUGCUGCUGCUCACAUCGUGGAGGUGUUCUGGGCAAGAGCCAGUAUCAGUGGAAUGCUCUUAUCUUCAGCUCCGUGUUAUAGCUAAAAGGACACUGUUUUAUCCAGAUGAACGUGUAGGCCCUGAUGAACUGUUCCUAGGGACAGGCUGUGUGGUGAUUCGUGUGCGACCAGAUGAACUUGAGUUUAAUUAUCCUAUCAAUCUCUGUGGGAUUGUUACACAGAUAGUAGCUGAUGGAACUAUCUUUUAUACCUGGCUCACCUAUAAACCCAAGAAGUCAUAUUUUUCUGCUGAGCUUCAGCUGCAGUGUGUGGUUCCCAGACUUAUUAGCCCUAAAUGGAGGAUUUUAAGCAGGUCUGACGCUGUUGAACAAGAAUAA